AUGGCCAACUUUGAAACCUACCAGGAGUACCAGCGGAUUGAGGACAUUGAGGAGGACUCACCUCAUGGGGAGGAGGACCUAUUAGUACAUGUGCCAGAGGGCCUGAGAGGUACUGUACCGGUUAUAUUACAUAACAUAUCUUCUCCUAUCAGGGCUAGACAUAACGCUGUCUUAUGGUACAAUAUAAUUUGGUGUGAUAGUGAUUUAUUGUAAUGACACAGUAAUGACACGAUUCCUAUUUCCUAUAAGCAUUAGGGCUGGGAAUUUCCAGGGACCUCACGAUAUGAUAUUAUCACAAUAUUUAGGUGCCGAUAUGAUAUGCAUUACGAUUCUCACAAUUCUAUAUGUAUUGCGAUGUCAAUACUGUGAUUUUAUUGCGGUUCGAUGUUCUAAACAUAUUGCUCACCAUAUACAGUAUCUGCUGCAAAGGGACAAGAGAGCCAUGACAAAACGAGUUUUGAUCAUUCAUGGAAAUAAAAGUCCUGAAAACAAAUUGGCUCCCUAUUUAAAAAAUAAAAAUGGAGAACAAGCUAUGAAGGAAAAAUACUGGAGUUUGGUGCAGGUACAGCCAACCAGCACAAAAAUAAUAUUGCAAUAUUGUCAAACGAUAUGAUGUCUCAUCAAAAAUAAUACCCUGAGAUGUAACUAUCGAUCCCCCCCCCCAUCACUAAUAAGCACUUAAAGUGAUGAAAAUGAUCAGAGAGGUUGAGGGUAGAGGAAGUUCAUGAGUAAAAACAAACAAUAUAUAAUUAUUGUAAAAUUGACUGUCCAUAAAAUGUAUAUAGUAUGUAUAAGCUGGAAGUAGAGGCCUAAGCAUUGUUGUUCACUAGUUUACUCCAAUUAGGGAAGGGGUGGUGGGGUUGGAAAGUAAUAAAGGGAAAUAUAUAUUUUUAAAGGAUAUGUACAGUCAGGGAAAAAAGUAUUUGAUCCCCUGCUGAUUUUGUACGUUUGCCCACUGACAAAGAAAUGAUCAGUCUAUAAUUUUAAUGGUAGGUUUAUUUGAACAGUGAGAGACAGAAUAACAACAAAAUGUUAUAAAUUGAUUUGCAUUUUAAUGAGGGAAAUAAGUAUUUGACCCCCUCUCAAUCAGAAAGAUUUCUGGCUCCCAGGUGUCUUUUAUACAGGUAACGAGCUGAGAUUAGGAGCACACUCUUAAAAUGGAAGAAACACAAAAGACCUGUCAAUCUCCCUUGGCCUGAGGCUCCAUGCAAGAUCUCACCUCGUGGAGUUGCAAUAAUCAUGAGAACGGUGAGGAAUCAGCCCAGAACUACACGGGAGGAUCUUGUCAAUGAUCUCAAGGCAGCUGGGACCAUAGUCACCAAGAAAACAAAUGGUAACACACUACGCCGUGAAGAACUGAAAUCCUGCAGCGCCCGCAAGGUCCCCCUGCUUAAGAUAUAUAUGCCCGUCUGAAGUUUGCCAAUGAACAUCUGAAUGAUUCAGAGGAGAACUGGGUGAAAGUGUUGUGGUCAGAUGAGACCAAAAUCGAGCUCUUUGGCAUCAACUCAACUCGCCGUGUUUGGAGGAGGAGGAAUGCUGCCUAUUACCCCAAGAACACCAUCCCCACCGUCAAACAUGGAGGUGGAAACAUUAUGCUUUGGGGGUGUUUUUCUGCUAAGGGGACAGGACAACUUCACCACAUCAAAGGGACGAUGGAUGGGGCCAUGUACCAUCAAAUCUUGGGUGAGAACCUCCUUCCCUCAGCCAGGGCAUUGAAAAUGGGUCAUGGAUGAGUAUUCCAGCAUGACAAUGACCCAAAACACACGGCCAAGGCAACAAAGGAGUGGCUCAAGAAGAAGCACAUUAAGGUCCUGGAGUGGCCUAGCCAGUCUCCAGACCUUAAUCCCAUAGAAAAUCUGUGGAGGGCGCUGAAGGUUCGAGUUAACAAACGUCAGCCUCAAAACCUUAAUGACUUGGAGAAGAUCUGCAAAGAGGAGUGGGACAAAAUCCCUCCUGAGAUGUGUGCAAACCUGGUGGCCAACUACAAGAAACGUCUGACCUCUGUGAUUGCCAACAAGGGUUUUGCCACCAAGUACUAAGUCAUGUUUUGCAGAGGGGUCAAAUACUUAUUUCCCUCAUUAAAAUGCAAAUCAAUUUAUAACAUUUUUGACAUACGUUUCUCUGGAUUUUUUGUUGUUAUUCUGUCUCUCACUGUUCAAAUAAACCUACCAUUAAAAGUAUAGACUGAUCAUGUCUUUGUCAGUGGGCAAACGUACAAAAUCAGCAGAGGAUCAAAUACUUUUUUCCCUCACUGUAUGUGUGUGUGUGUGUGUGUGUGUGUGUGUAUAUAUAUAUAUAUAUUUUAAACUUUUGUUUUUAAAAAGUAAUGGUUUCUUUUAAUCUCUUUAUUUCCACCCCUAAUUUGCAGACUCAUGGCACCAUAUCAAGAAUCUGGACAACUUCUUCACAAGAAUAUCCUUUUAAGAAAUGUUGGGAUAAAAAUGGUUCUCUGGCAAUAUAUAUACUGUAGCUUAUUGGUUUGGUAAGAAUAAUUACUUUCAGGUUGAUGUUUAAAAUUGCGGCUUUAUAAUGUGUGUUUUUGUACUGUCACCUAAUGAUCUCAUUUAUAAAGAAGCAAUUUCAGACACAGUAUUUACAUUUUAAUCUAAUUCAGACAGUACGAUGUUGCAACGUAUGAUGCACAGUGACUUUAAAUUAGACACUUGCCACAGGAGAAUGACUUUCAAUUAUGUGUGUUCUUCCAGAACAAAUGCUCUGUACUUUAAUGAUAUUGAUGCCAGACUGGUUCACUUCAAGUUGCUUAUUUUUAUUUUUUUAGGGGAUGUGUUAAGUCUACUUAAAAAAACAUACAUGGUCGUUAUUUGAUUAACCAUCAAAGGUUUCUUCAGAGUGAUUGUUUUGUACAGUGCCUUGCAAAAGUAUUCAGCCCCCUUGGCGUUUUUCCUAUUCUGUUGCAUUACAACCUGUAAUUUUAAUGUAUUUUUAUUUGGAUUUCAUGUAAUGGACAUACACAAAAUAGUCCAAAUUGGUGAAGUGAAAUGAAAAAAAUAACUUGUUUCAAAAAAUUCAAAUAAAUAUCUGUCACAUGAUCUCAGUGUGUAUAUAUACACCUGUUCUGAAAGGUCCUAGAGUCUGCAACACCAUUAAGCAAGUGGCACCACCAAGCAAGCAGCACCAUGAUGACCAAGGAGCUCUCCAAACAGGUCAGGGACAAAGUGUGGAGAAGCACAGAUCAGGGAUGGGUUAUGAAAAAAUAUCCUAAACUUUGAACAGCCGAGCAUCAUUAAAUCCAUUAUUAAAAAAUUGAAAGAAUAUGGCACCACAACAAACCUGUCGAGAGGGCCGGCCACCAAAACCCACGGACCAGGCAAGGAGGGCAUUCAUCAGAGAGGCAACAAAGAGACCAAAGAUAACCCUGAAGGAGCUGCAAAGCUCCACAGCGGAGAUUGGAGUAUCUGUCCAUAGGACCACUUUAAGCCAUACACUCCACAGAGCUGGGCUUUACGGAAUAGUGGCCAGAAAAAAAGCCAUUACUUAAAGAAAAAAAGAAGCAAACACGUUUGAUGUUCGCCAAAAGGCAUGUGGGAGACUCCCCAAACAUGGAUGAAGGUACUCUGGUCAGAUGAGACUAUAAUUGAGCUUUUUGGCCAUCAAGGAAAACGCUAUGUCUGGCUCAAACCCAACACCUCUCAUCACCCCGAGAACACCAUCCCCACAGUUAAGCAUGGUGGUGGCAGCAUCAUGCUGUGGGGAUGUUUUUCAUUGGCAGGGACUGGGAAACUGGUCAGAAUUGAAGGAAUGAAGAAUGGCGCUAAAUACAGGGAAAUUCUUGAGCGAAACCUGUUUCAGUCUUCCAGAGAUUUGAGACUGGGACGGAGGUUCACCUUCCAGCAGGACAAUGACCCUAAGCAUACUGCUAAAGCAACACUCGAGUGGUUUAAGGGGAAACAUUUAAAUCUAUUGGAAUGGCCUAGUCAAAGCCCAGACCUCAAUUCAAUUGAGAAUCUGUGGUAUGAUUUAAAGAUUGCUGUACACCAGUGGAACCCAUCCAAAUUGAAGGAGCUGGAGCAGUUUUGCCUUGAAGAAUGGGCAAAAAUCCCAGUGGCUAGAUGUGCCAAGCUUAUAGAGACAUACCCCAAGAGACUUGCAGCUGUAAUUGCUGCAAAAGGUGCCUCUACAAAGACUUUGGGGGGGGUGAAUAGUUAUGCACGCUCAAGUUAUCAGUUUUUUGGUCUUAUUUCUUGUUUGUUUCACAAUAAAUAAAUGCAUCUUCAAAGUGGUAGGCAUGUUGUGUAAAUCAAAUGAUACAAACCCCCCAAAAAAUCAAUUUUAAUUCCAGGUUGUAAGGCAACAAAAUAGGAAAAAAUGCCAAGGGGGUGAAUAUUUUCGCAAGGCUAUGCCAACACUUAAAGGGAAAUUCCACCACUUUUCAACUCAUUUUCAUUAUCCCCAGCACAAUAUCAUUGUCUACAUAUGUAAAAAUGCUGAAAUUCUAAGUAAAAAAGUUCUAUAUGAUGACAUCAUCAAAAGUUAAAACAUUUAAAAAACUGUGAUUUUGAAACAGAGAUUUGCGGUGACGUGGAGAGAAAAAAUACCCUCCCUCUGACUAGAAACUCAAUGCAGGUUUUAAAAAUGUGAUGUCACAGUGAAGCAUUUUUUGGACGUUUCUUAUUAUCUUUUUAACCACUGAUCAUAGAAACGAAUAUGUAGACACCUCACAUACAGUGGGGAGAACAAGUAUUUGAUACACUGCCGAUUUUGCAGGUUUUCCUACUUACAAAGCAUGUAGAGGUCUGUUAUUUUUUAUCAUAGGUACACUUCAACUGUGAGAGACGGAAUCUAAAACAAAAAUCCAGAAAAUCACAUUGUAUGAUUUUUAAGUAAUUAAUUAGCAUUUUAUUGCAUGACAUAAGUAUUUGAUACAUCAGAAAAGCAGAACUUAAUAUUUGGUACAGAAACCUUUGUUUGCAAUUACAGAGAUCAUACGUUUCCUGUAGGUCUUGACCAGGUUUGCACACACUGCAGCAGGGAUUUUGGCCCACUCCUCCAUACAGACCUUCUCCAGAUCCUUCAGGUUUCGGGGCUGUCGCUGGGCAAUACAGACUUUCAGCUCCCUCCAAAGAUUUUCUAUUGGGUUCAGGUCUGGAGACUGGCUAGGCCACUCCAGGACCUUGAGAUGCUUCUUACGGAGCCACUCCUUAGUUGCCCUGGCUGUGUGUUUCGGGUCGUUGUCAUGCUGGAAGACCCAGCCACGACCCAUCUUCAAUGCUCUUACUGAGGGAAGGAGGUUGUUGGCCAAGAUCUUGCGAUACCUGGCCCCAUCCAUCCUCCCCUCAAUACGGUGCAGUCGUCCUGUCCCCUUGGCAGAAAAGCAUCCCCAAAGAAUGAUGUUUCCACCUCCAUGCUUCACGGUUGGGAUGGUGUUCUUGGGGUUGUACUCAUCCUUCUUCUUCCUCCAAACACGGCGAGUGGAGUUUAGACCAAAAAGCUCUAUUUUUGUCUCAUCAGACCACAUGACCUUCUCCCAUUCCUCCUCUGGAUCAUCCAGAUGGUCAUUGGCAAACUUCAGACGGGCCUGGACAUGCGCUGGCUUGAGCAGGGGGACCUUGCGUGCGCUGCAGGAUUUUAAUCCAUGACGGCGUAGUGUGUUACUAAUGGUUUUCUUUGAGACUGUGGUCCCAGCUCUCUUCAGGUCAUUGACCAGGUCCUGCCGUGUAGUUCUGGGCUGAUCCCUCACCUUCCUCAUGAUCAUUGAUGCCCCACGAGGUGAGAUCUUGCAUGGAGCCCCAGACCGAGGGUGAUUGACCGUCAUCUUGAACUUCUUCCAUUUUCUAAUAAUUGCGCCAACAGUUGUUGCCUUCUCACCAAGCUGCUUGCCUAUUGUCCUGUAGCCCAUCCCAGCCUUGUGCAGGUCUACAAUUUUAUCCCUGAUGUCCUUACACAGCUCUCUGGUCUUGGCCAUUGUGGAGAGGUUGGAGUCUGUUUGAUUGAGUGUGUGGACAGGUGUCUUUUAUACAGGUAACGAGUUCAAACAGGUGCAGUUAAUACAGGUAAUGAGUGGAGAACAGGAGGGCUUCUUAAAGAAAAACUAACAGGUCUGUGAGAGCUGGAAUUCUUACUGGUUGGUAGGUGAUCAAAUACUUAUGUCAUGCAAUAAAAUGCAAAUUAAUUACUUAAAAAUCAUACAAUGUGAUUUUCUGGAUUUUUGUUUUAGAUUCCGUCUCUCACAGUUGAAGUGUACCUAUGAUAAAAAUUACAGACCUCUACAUGCUUUGUAAGUAGGAAAACCUGCAAAAUCGGCAGUGUAUCAAAUACUUGUUCUCCCCACUGUAUGUAGACACUGGUAUGGUGUUGGAGAUAAUGAAUAUGAGGUUAUGAAGUGGAAUUUCCCAUUAAUACUGUUUUUCUUAACUUUAAUUUCCACAUCUAUCAGUUCCAUCAGAAGAAUGGCUUUGCCUGUAUGAUGUUAUCAGAGUUCUUUGAACUUUUGUAAGUAUAUCGAUUUAUUUACAAUCCUCAUGCUAAUGUAAGAUAUGUUUUACUUUUAAGAAAAUAUUCAACAUUUAUAUCUGCUAAUGUUUAACCCCAACAUCUCAAACUCCUUAUUGCAGUCAGUUGCUGUUUGUGGUCACGUUCACAACAUUCCUCUUCAACUGUGUGGAGUAUGAUAUCCUGUUUGCCAAUCGGGCAGUGAACCCCACAGGACCUGGCCAGAACCCCCUGGACAGAAACAAGGUCUCUCUGCCUGAUGCCAUCCUACCAAGCCAGCAGUGCACUGAGAGGUACGUCAAUCAGUAUUGUCUUAAUAUAUAUAUUGGUAGAUGGAUGGAUAGCCAGUAUUCAGACCCCUUGACUUUUUCCACAUGUUACGUUACAGCCUUAUUCUAAAAUUGAUAAAAAAUAUUUUUAAAAACUCUAUAAUCUAGACACCACCCCAAAAUGACAAAGCGAAAACAGGUUUUUAGGCAUUUUUGCUAAUUUAUUUUUCAAUACCGUUGAAACUAUUUCUUUGAAUUUCUUUUAUACAUUUGAAUAUUUGUAGCUACUUUUUAAGUAAGUACCUGCAGUCAACUUGUGCAAUACGUUAGGAGAUAAAGAAGAUCGCAUUCUUCAUUUCACCUGUCACAUAAUUUUUCAUUAUGAGUUUACCUGUAGUCCCCAGUCACGUUGUGUUUGAGACUGUAUAAAAUGUUUGCAAUGCGCUCAUAAGCAUUUAGUUAGCAUUCUCUAUGGGAUUUAUACAGCCUAGCAACUACUGUACAUUUUAACUGUUUAUUUCAAAACACUAAAUGAAGUGUAAAAAAAAAAAGGAUUCAGUUACGUAUAUAUCCUACUAUGAUUAUAGCCCUGCUGAUUCACAUAGCCUUCGCCUAAAACACUUGUAAACACUAGGCAAGUUGCAACACCACCAGCCUGUAGUGGAUGACAGGUUCCUGGAGCAGGUUAUUUGUGUAUCUGUGCACUGUGUUCAGCGUAGUACCAGGGAAAACAAUGUAAUGGAUAGUCCCUGCAUGGUAAGACUCAGUAGCUGGAAGGAGUCACUGUGAAGUCUGGGCAGGCAGCCUGUGGACCACAUGACACCCCCUAGUCCUGCAGCAAGACCCAGACCCCACCACCACCACAGCUAAAUCUUUUUCCAAAAUGGAUAAACAAGCUAGCUUGUCUUUUGCAAUAUCGUUAAGCUGAUUCUGCACUCAAACACUAUCCUAGACACUACCCCCCCCCCCCCCCUCCCUUUCCCUUCCCUAAAAACCUCAGUGACUGAAUGGGUGUUUAUAUAGAAGAUGAUGACACACCACUGCUAGGAAUUCUAACCCAGGAACAGCAUGUCCCACCAUUUAGAACUACUGACUUAGUCUGCUCUCCCAUCCUCCCCCCAACUCCUCUCUGUUUCACCAUUGAGUUGGUCUUAAAAUGAAAGAGAUGUCACACAAAUCAGGAAGUAGCCUAACUUUGUCACAACGUUGUUUGUAUUUGGUUUUUAAUUUCAAAAUUAAACUCCUGAAUUUAUGUUUAUUCUCUUGAAUAUGUUUACCAGGAUGGCUAGCUAGAUCAUGACCUGUGUGUGACUUGUUCUGUGUUUUGAAAUGGGAUACUUUACCAGCUGAUUCUCAGCAAUUCUCUGAUACGCAGGAGAGACUACAUUAGUAAGACAUAACCAAGCCACAAACUGUAAACAGGAGUGCAGUAUCCUAAGAUACCUCUCAGUAGAGCCUUGCACGGGCAUGAAUUUUAAGCCCGAGCUCUUCCCAUGCAAGCGACGUUCAGGCCCUAACCUACCCAGGCCCGAUUGCUUCUGCCAAAUCCGUCCCUGCCCAAAAUCAGAAAUAACUUCCUCCGUUAGUAAAUCCAUUAGCUGCUCCUCUCUGUCUGUCGCUCGCUCCCUGCCUGGAUGCAUUCCGCUCAUGGCGGCUCUGAGUCUGUGAGUAUCCACAGCAACGGCUCCGCUCUGCUGCUCUGCUCAAUGAAGAGACAUGAGACAGCAGUUAGCUGUUAGCUACUUUUUGUCACUCUAAACACUCUAAACUUAUUUUUUGCGAUAUGAUCUCUCCUGUUUUAUAUUUGACGAGGUUGAAGCACUUCUGACACCAUGUUAUGAUCUUAGUUAGAUAUGACUGUACUGCGCAGCAGAGCAAGCACAAAUGGCUCAGCUUCAAAAUGUUAGUGAUCAAUUUAGUGAUACCUGAGCCCUGCCCGUACCCUAGUUAUUGAUGAAAAACAUGCCCUACCCGGCCCUAACCCAUCGGGCUCGGGUCGAGUAGCAGAGCUCUACCUCUCAGGCCCCACAACAUACAUUACAACAUGUGGUUGGUUAAAGCAACAGAUUUAUAAGGCUCCUUUACUCUCAUUCGUAGAUGGUUAUUUUGGUCAUACAUCAAUGGUGAAAAUGAAUGAUUUAGACCUGCUCUUUAUGCAGCCGAUGGAUGGCUCGUACCAUCUUCCCACACCUAUCUAUACAGAUUCACAAACACAUGCAUUUUCCACUACAUGGAAUGAACCGCUAAUGUCAAACAAGGACCAGAAACAUGAAUCGUAAACAUGUGUUUUUCCCCCUUUGUCAUCCCUUCUUCUCCUCUGUAGGAUCCAGGAGAACCGGUGGAUCAUUUUCCUGCUCAUCAUGGCAGCCAUCUUCUGGGUCUACCGGAUGAUCAAGGUCUUCUGCAACAUCCUCCGCUACUGGGAGAUCCGACAGUUCUACAUCAAAGCACUAAAGAUCAGAAUGGUAAGGCGUGAUCCUACAGUCUCACGAAACUCUGGUCUGCCAAUUGUUUCAAGGUAGUUUUAGCAAGAUUGCUUGGAUUACAAUGGUUUCAAAAGACGUCAAGAAAAAUGUUUGUCGUCAUACCCACCCCAGCUUACACACGAGUCCCUCAUAUCAAGGUGUCCCUCAUCACGGUACAGUCUCUGAACACCUUUGACCUCUGCCCUUUCGCCAUUCCAGGACGAGCUGUGUAACUUCACGUGGCAGGAGGUGCAGGACCGUCUGAUCAGCCUGCAGCGGGAGCAGCAGAUGUGCAUCCACAAGAAGGAGCUAACUGAGCUGGACAUCUACCACCGCAUCCUGCGCUUCAAGAACUACAUGGUGGCCAUGGUCAAUAAGUCCCUGUUACCUGUACAGCUUCAGCUCCCCCUGUUGGGCAAUCUGGUGUUCCUCACCCAGGGCCUCAAGUACAACUUUGAGCUGAUUCUCUUCUGGGGUCCGGGGUCGCUUUUCCAGAACAAAUGGAACCUGCACCCCAAGUACAAGCGUGCAGGGAACCGCCUGGAGCUGGCCCAGCAACUGAGCCGGGUCAUUCUUCUGAUGGGCGUGGCCAACCUGCUGCUCUGCCCCUUCAUCCUCGUGUGGCAGGUGCUCUACGCCUUCUUCAGCUACACCGAGGUCAUCAGGAGGGAGCCGGGGAGUCUGGGAGCACGCCGCUGGUCCCUGUACGGCCGCCUCUACCUGCGCCACUUCAACGAGCUGGACCACGAGCUGCACGGCAGGCUGGGCCGCGGCUACAAGCCCACCUCCAAGUACAUGAACUCGUUCACCUCACCGCUGCUGACCGUGCUGGCCAAGAAUGUGGCAUUUUUCUCGGGCUCGGUGCUGGCCGUGCUCAUCGCGCUGACCGUGUACGACGAGGACGUUUUGACCGUGCAGCAUAUCCUGACCGCCAUCACCGUGCUGGGAGUGGUCAUCACCAUCACCAGGUGAGCGAGGGGACAACAUGGCUUCCACAGGGGGAAUGGUGACCUCUCAGGAUGAUCUUGUAGUGAUUUGUGGCUGGGUUUCAUUCAAAGAUGUCGUUCCUUCCCGCUUCCCAUUGCAGAUGAGUUGGUAUGGAACAGCUCAACCUAGUUUCCACGAUAUUGUUGCCACCCCUACCAAUUCUAACCCCAUCAAUUCUUACCGAUCCGUCAAGGAAUGAGCGAGGGGGUAGAAGGGAGGAAUGUCUUUCUAUAAAGAAAUUCAGCCUAUGUUAAACCCACAGACAUACCAGUCCAUGAUCCAGAUCUAAUGUGUUGUGUGAAAUAGAGAUGACGUAUGUGUGAAUAUGCCCUCAUAGGUCAUUCAUCCCAGACGAACACAUGGUGUGGUGCCCGGAGCAGCUGCUGCAGUGUGUGCUUGCUCACAUCCACUACAUGCCAGACCACUGGAGGAACAACGCCAACAAGAGCGAGACCCGGGACGAGGUGGCACAGCUGUUUCAGUACAAAGCGGUGGGUGAGACGGGCCAGACAGUAAAUAGAGACGGCUUAUUGGCUGCGCCUUAGAUGGAAAGGAACUUCUGAACUAUAUAUGGCUUAAUGACAUAUGGUCUGAGAUUAAAAUGUUCUUGUAACAGACAUGUAAGGGCUCCCCAAGACUUGCUCAAUACCUAAACAAGUGCUUUAAUUGUAAGUAGUUAUUGAUAUACAUUCUAAUUCAUAUGACUUCACCAUAAUAUGACACUUCCCACACAGGAACGAAUUGAUGUUACGGCACUUUAAACAUUUAUUUGGGUGACACAAUGUAAAGUAGUCAGACUUGAGAUCCGAGUGCUUAACUGUUCUUGCAACUCUCUCAUUGACAUCAAUGAAUGGCGUCGCAGGUUAUAUGCUAGCAGAUACCCAUAGACUUCCAGUCAUUCCACUAUUGCUAGUUAGCAUUGGCUCGCGAAACUACCUCCAACUUCCUUCAUGCUGGACACAGAGACAUAAAAAUGGUAUCCACGAGUUCAUCUGACUCUGAGGAAGUAGAUAAAUGGCAUCAUUACCAAAAUCCCGAAGUAUCCCUUUAAGCGUGCAGAUCUGAACAUAUCUUCCCAAUAUGAAUCCCCUUCUAGUAUAACUCACCAGUGUUCUGUCUGUCUGUUUAGGUGUUCAUCCUGGAGGAACUGCUGAGCCCCAUUGUCACGCCCUUCAUCCUCAUCUUCCUCCUGAGGAACAAGUCCCUGGAGAUCAUCGACUUCUUCAGGAACUUCACCGUGGAGGUGGUCGGGGUCGGCGACAUCUGCUCCUUCGCACAGAUGGACAUCCGUCGCCACGGAAACCCACUGGUGAGUUCAGGUCGUCUCUGCUGCUUUCCGUUCAGUCAUUUAGGAUAUUUACUGUAUUAGGAAAGAUGUAUCGUGUCAUUAUUACAAAAGCAUUUGUUAUUUUGCUUGUUGAAAUGAGAGACUAAUACUGUUAAUUUUCAGAUAUCGCCAAGUUAUCAAUCAUACUGUACAUGUUAUUACAAAUCAGUUUUCAGUUCAUGUGUGUGUUGUUGUUGUCCUGAUAUUAGUGACUACUUAUGCAUAAUGGCGUUAAUGCAUAUUUUUGUUGGGCAAAGUUCCUGUGAGUGAUGUAGAACCUGUUGUCUUUACAGUGGAUGUCAGAGGGCCAGACAGAGGCGUCUGUGUACCAGCAGGCUGAGAACGGCAAAACUGAACUGUCCCUGAUGCACUUCACCAUCAAGAACCCCCGCUGGCAGCCCCCCCAGGAGAGCUCAGUGUUCAUCAGCCAUCUGAAGGAGAAGGUGCACCAGGACGCUCAGGGAGGACCCCCCACCCAGCUGCUGCUCUCUGAGGCCCCGCUCUGCACCUCACUGCUCUCCAACGAGUCCGGCAACGCAGUGAGUGACUAACUGCCAACCACUCCCCAAUCCCCAGCCAGACAAUUCAUAGUCAGUCACAGUUAGUACACAGGAAGAUAUUUGCCUCAACACUCUGUAACAGCACCCCUACUCUAACAUUCAAACGGUUUCAUCCAACAAUGAUGUCAAUGUAUUGUAAUUUCUCAAAGAUUUUUAUUUAGUAUUGGUUUACAUUAUGUUGUGUUAUAUUUGUCAGUUUGCUUGUAUACUGACCACUGUAUCUCUGGGUUAUGUUUUCCUGUCCAGCCUGACAACCUAUUGGCCAGUGUCCUGGCCCACCCUGUUCUGACCGCGUCAGGCCUACCCGGCCGAGACCGCUGCUUCGUUCCUCCCAGCACGGCUGCCUCUGCCGCCGCCAGCGUCCUGUCCUCGCUGUCCAUCUCCCACUCCCAGCUCCCCAACGCCAGCCGAUCCCACUCGCAUGUUCUCCUGCCCUCCAUCCACCCCGACAGCACCAUGUACCGCAGCGACCGCACCGGCAUCGACAGGUAGGUAGACAGACGCCACGCUCUGCAAACACACUCCACAACACACACUGUUGUUUAGGUUCAUCCAUAACACAAAAGUGUUGAUUGAUUAGAGACUUGCAUGCCAAAAGUGUGUUAUUGAUUGAUAUUGAGGUUAGUUGAAAGUGGGUGGAUGAAGUGAUGAAUAACAGUGUAUUUAGAUGUUUUUUUAGGCUUGCUGAUAAUAGGUCGUUUUUAUUUUCUCAGCAUGUCAGCCAGUGACUCUCGGAUCAAGAGCACUACAAUGCUUUCAGAGUUUGCCUCGGCCGAGAUGAGUCUCCAUGCUAUUUACAUGCAUGAGGUAGGUAACCUCAAAGGGAUGGCCUCAAGGUCCUUCUGUUUAUUUAACUGUGACGCUAGGGCUGUCCCCGACUAAAACCAAUCUUGGUCGACCAAUAGUCGUCUGUUCUUUCAACCAAUCGACUGGUCGAAAUUUUAAGAAGUGUAUUUUUCCAUAUAUAGACACACCCUAUGUGUUUUAAUAAAAUCAACUAUAUGUAGGCUACUGAGCUUGUCUGAUGCUUUAAGCACACUGUGUUUAAAUAAUUAAGACACAGAAAUGACACGAGUGAGCCAGAGAUCAAGAUAGCCUAAGCAGAAGAAAAAAACAUGUUCCCUUGACCACCACCUCCCGCCGCUGCUGCUGGCCUUCGCAGAUUGUGCCAUUACGCUCCCGAAGUUGCCAGUAAUAGGGUAUACCAGGGGUUGGCAACCUUUUCUAUUUCGAGUGCCAAGUUAUCUUCCCAUUUCUACCGAUCUGCGUGCCAGUUAUGAUUUUCAUAUGCACAUUUUCAUGGAACAGUUUCAUUUAUUUUAUAGUAAAGUCGUCAUAUCUCAAAAUCAUUGUCAUGUGAUUAAAAAAUAUAUAUAUCUAAAUGGAAAUUAUACAAAUCUAAAAGUAACUUCUAUUGCCAUUGCCAACUAUGUAAAAAUAGCAUACAUAACGCCAACGAAUAAAAACAUUGCAGCCUGCAGGUAGAAAAUAUCAUAAUAAAUAUAAAUCACAAUGACUACGCAUGGCCUGUCUGCAAGGAACUUGAAACAUUGUAUCAACUAUCAACUUGGUCCAGCCCAAAGCUUGCCCUAACAAACAUGCAACAUUGUAUAAAAUAUCCUGGACCCUCAGAGUUUCAUGAGCCAGUGAGCUCCGGACAGACACCGCUGUGGUGAGUUAAGACAAUCAGAAAUACUAUCAGAUCCCCAAAUGGGCACAUGUAUAAGCCUACAUUUGCGCGCGGGCCAGGUAGCCUAGGCCUACUUCUAUGCGUAAUCAGGUGUGCAUCCUUACUCAACAUUGACAGGAGUGGUCCAAAAUAAACACUGAAUAUAUUGACAACACGUAAAUGGAAUGAAAUAAACCAAAACUUGUUUCUCACAAGUGUAGCCUAAGUUGUGCGCUCUGCAAACAACGUCUCCACUCCAACAGUGAGAACUGUAAAAUACUAUAAUAAUUAUAUAUUGAAUUCAUUAACAGAAGUUACGGUAACCAAACAAACAUCGAAGUUUGGUGUGUGUGAAGCAUGUCCUUCUCUGUCCCUAGGUCCAUCAACAGAGCUCGCUCCCCCACCAGAGGACAUCAGGCCAGUGGCAGAACCCAAUGCCAAUGAGAGAUUUAAUCAGCAACACUGGUACGUAACAAAUCAUUCAUCUGUUUUACUUAGGAUCUUGGCUAAAGUCAGAUGGAGCAUGUUUGGUAGUUGGUUUAGUUUUAGCUUAUGACAUCCAGUUGACUAACUGUCUAUGCGCCGACCCUCUAUCUAUGCAAUCAGGUUUGCAGACGCACAGCGGCCACACAGCAGUCAACUUGUCUAGUAUGCCCACCCCGCUGCGAGGCUGGAUGGAGGAAGAGGAGGAGGAUGCAGAGGAAGAGGAAGUCCUCAACAGGGGGUCGACUCCUAAACAGGACUCCAGGAGUAGCUGUUGAAGUGCCUUAAAUAAAGGGGUGUGUUCCAUCUUACCUCUAUUUCCUACACACAGACACUCCUCCCUAACCUAUAGGCUAAUAUUGUCGGGAAAUGUUAUUCUAUCUAGUACUACUGUUUUUGCUUUUCUUAAGUGAGCAAUAGGUAGAAAUAGCUCUGCCAUUUCCUGGUUUCUAAAAUGUUCGCGUGAUUGUGUGACACAACAAGCAGACUGCUGUGAAAUAUCUUUAUAACCAGUAAUAACACAAAAUAUUGUAGUUUGAAGCUGAAAACUGAAAGUAAAAAGAAGCAAAAAAGAAACUUACAGAGGGGAAGCAUAGAAAUAUUGCACAUAGAAUGGAUCUACUGCUUAUCAGACUUGCUUUCAAUGAGAAUGACAUAUCUAUAACUAAUUUCUAUCUGAAAUGUUGGGUCAUACACACAACUACAUAAUGGACCUUAAAAAAAGGUGUGUGGCUGAUUGGCUUUUCUCCUCUUCUUUUUCAGUGUUUACACUCCUUUCUCGAUGAACAUUGUGGCCUUAGAUGAUCUUUUUGGAGAGUAUUAUGACAUCACAUAACACAAUGCGGGCAGUUGGGAGACCUCAUUGGAUAACCAUUGUCUCUGUCUCCACCCCCCUCCAUGCCUCUCCUCCUAUCACAUCAGGAGUUGUGGCGUCAGGGAAACUGACCAUAUGUCUUCCAUCCCUCUCGCCAUGUCAUAAUUUUGUUAUAAAAUGUAUAAAUAUCGCUCAUAGAGGACUGGAGUCUAUGUGUGUUUGUGUGAGUGUGAGAGAGCGUUGUGUGUUUGUGUGUGUGUGUUUAGAACUCGGGGAAAGGGUGGCAUGCACAGCCAGGAUACUUCCAGGGCAGGUUUGAGCAUGGUACGUAGCAACACCUGUCACACUUUUGUUGCGUUUCUUUGUGUUU